AUGGAAGAGAAGACCCUGAACGCUUCCACACCAAGUGCAGCUAUCCUCGCCACCUUCUACCAACGCGGCCAUCUGCAUUCCUUGUCUGCAUAUCGGCUCGUCAUGCCAGCCAAGCGUAACCUGCUCAGUAUACGUCUUCUGCUUGCUGCUCAACAUGGCUCAGGCUCAGGCUCGCGAGUCCAUCCUGCAUGGCUUCGGCACUUCGCAUCCUCGACUAGAAGUGCAUCAGAAACCUACAAGUUUGAUGAAGACCUAGCUCCGCCAUUCCAAAGCAAAUCUGCAUCUUCGUCCUCAUCAUCACCAUUGUCAUCAUCAUCAAGCUUGCGAAAGAGCGAACCGACACCAUCCGACUCGACUCUCGCCAGAACCGUCUUUGUGCGACCCAAGGACGGAAAGCAUCUCGUCUCUGUCGUACAUACGCUCUCGCUCCUCUCGCAGCUCGCAUCCAAGUUUGGACCCAUCCAGCACUUUCACUUUCCACGCGAACCUGGCACUAGCCGACUUUUGGGCUAUGGCAGCGUCACCUUUUCCGACAAACAGAGUCUGCAAAAGGCGCUCUCCAACGACGGCAUCCACCCCGUCGUGCUACCCCCCAUCGUGCCAUCUCGAGCACCCCGCUCGUAUUUGCCGGACAAGGAACAUACUCAACUCGUCGGUAUGCAUCGACUCGUCAGCUGCGACCCGCCGAGCGAACACGCUACCGCUCAACAGACUCAUCUGUCCUCUCGCUCCCUCCAGAACCCGGCGGCGAUGCGGCCCGGAUGGAACGACGUUGCUCCUCUGUGCCACAUGGAAGCAGCAACGACAUCUCGCUACUUUGUAGACCAGUCCAAAGCUACCGACCAAACGCCGCGCGAAGCUAUCAUUCAACACGACUCGAACUUCUACCUCUCCACCGCGUCUGUCCCCGUCGAGAUCAAGAUGGAGCGCAGAAGUUCGCCCAUCACGACGCGGCCGAGUUCGAAAGCCAGAAGUCGUACCAGCUUGCAUCAAAAGGUGCGCGCUGCUCUGCAGCAGUUUGGUGGAUUCAGCGAUGUGUUCGAGAAGCAAGGUCUGCUCAAAGAGCCGCUCGGGGACGGCUACGAGUACGAGGAAGACGACGACGCCAAGAGAUCUCGUCCGGCAAGAUCCGGUGGCGCGCGGCGGAUGCAGCAGCAACGCGGUACAGGGCAACCUUGGCAGACCAACCGCGCUGCUCCACGAAGAUCCUUCUCCACCUCCGCCAUCUCGCCCACUGCAGAACAGGCCAAAGCCAAACGCAAAGCAGAAUGGCAGCGCAACCGACACUCGAACUUUGUCGACCAGCUCUACCUGCGCCUCGUGGGCGGCAAAGGUGGCGAUGGAUGUGUCUCUUUCCAUCGCGAAAAGUUUGUCGAGUUCGGUCCACCGUCGGGAGGCAAUGGAGGCGCAGGCGGCUCCAUCUACAUCCGUGCUGUUGAGGGCCCCACGACGCUCGCGCGCGUCUCUCGUCGCUUCCGUGGCGCCGAUGGCCCGCAUGGACAGGGAAGUUUCCUGCACGGCAAGAAGGCCGAGGACAAGUAUAUCGAGGUUCCUGUCGGCACGGUGGUGACUGCCACGAGGCGUCUCCGUAUUCCCGAGGAGGAAGAGGCGGAAGACUACUACCAGGAUCUGUUGAGGCGCGCGGCGAAGGCGAAGUGGGACCCUACCGGUGUGGUGGCUAAGGAGGACGCUGUGCUGGCGGCUGAGGACGAGGAGCGCAAACGGCUGGCUCGUAAUCAGCCGCCGCGGGAGAUCGAGUAUGAGGAUGAGGAGGGGGAGGCUGUCGAUGAGCCCUCCACCGGCCACGAGGAGAAGAAAGUGGAUGUAGCGCAACAGAUCGACGGGGAAGACUUGUUGGCGCCCGAAGUGGCACGCCAGCUGCAAACCCUCCGCGACCGCGUCUGGCGUCACUAUCCUCGUGCAGAAGAGACCAACUACCGACGUAACGAGUUCCGAGCUGCCGAAAUGCGUCUUGCUCUCGACCGCCGUCGACGCCGUCGAUACCUCGCCCAAUCGCACGCCGCUGCCAAUGCCGCGUCCGGCCUCGUCACCACCUCGCCCACUUCAUCCGAUCAUCAACACUCCGCAGCCUCAGUAACGCCCUACGAAGACCAAGAGGCCGCCUCCGAGCCCUGGAGCAUCGACCUGGACGAGCCCACACCCGCCGACUCUCCGGGCAUCCUGCUAGCAGCCGGCGGUCGUGGCGGGCUGGGCAAUCCCACCUUCCUGUCGUCGGGCAACCGAUCACCCAAGUUCGCGACGCGCGGUGAAUGGGGUGAAUCGCUCGAAGUGAUGCUUGAACUCAAACGGCCCUCGGACAUCGGCCUGGUCGGGCUACCCAACGCGGGCAAAUCCACGAUUCUGCGCUCCAUCUCGGCGUCCAAAGCCCAGGUGGGCCACUGGCGCUUCACCACGCUCUCGCCCAACCUCGGCGUGGUCCGGCUCGGCUCAGACGGCAACGUGCUCGGCGUCGACGGUUCCGAAGUGCAAGAAGGCUACGGUCUCGACACCCCCUCGCAAGCUGGCGCCGACGACGUCGAAGAGUUCCGCCUGGUCCUCUCCGACAUUCCGGGCCUGAUAGACGGCGCGGCAGAGAACCGCGGGCUGGGCCAUACGUUCCUGCGCCACAUCGAACGGUGCUCGCUGCUCGCCUACGUGCUCGAUCUCACCCAGCCCGAACCCUGGACCGACCUCAAGGUGCUCCACAACGAACUCGCGAGCUACCGCGACGGCCUGCCCGCAAAGGCAAGGCUUGUGAUUGUCAACAAGGCGGACCUGUUUGCCGAGCCGCGGGAGAUCCAGGAGGCCAAGACGAAGCUGGAUCGGAUUCGGAACAAGGUGCAGGAGAUCUGGGAGGAUCAGCAGGCGGUGUUGGGGGCGGAGGCUGGUGCACCGAUGCAGAUUGUUACGUUGUCGGCCAAGAAGAAGCAGGGCACGCAGGGCUUGGCAAAGACGCUGGUCGACUUGUUGCGUGCUCAGCGGGCCGAGAGCGACGCUGCGCACGAAAAGUUCGAAUGA